AGAGUUUCUUAUCUGUAUGUCUAUAUGCCUAUUUACUUGGACCAGUAUCGGUAUAUUCACUUGGCUCAAUAUGACUGCGUUAUGCCACUCUAGGGCGGACCCUAGGGCAGACACAGCAAUUGCAAAAGUCUGAGGAGGUUAAUAUAAAUAUCUAAAAUCCCUCAAUAAUUUUCCAUUCUCUUCCUCCCCAGCUAGCAUUUUAAGAUGGAACAUUUUGAUGAAAACAGAAGUCUGGAUACUACCAAAGUCCACCCUCACCAAAGUUCUUUUUCUCUGACUGAUAUACCUCAUUUUGGUGAUGUUGCAGGUGAGGAUGGAUCUACUAUAAAAAGAAGAGACUUCACUAGUGGAAAGAGAAGACUUAUUUCUCAUGAAUUCGACACUUUACGUUGUCUCAUAAACAUGGUUCAAAGAGGUUCUGUCAAAAGGUAUAAUGAUAAAUUUUUGGACUUAUGUGGUCAGCUUCAAACUCUUCCCAAUUACCGGAAUCACAUUAUCAUAAUUUUUGAUUAUAAUGAUGGCUUGAAACCUCGUAUUCGUGAAGCCUUAAAAUUAACUCAGUAUAAUGAUCUUUUUGCAGUUAUGCAAGAGGCUCUUAUCGUGGAGAGUCGUCUCCGAUCUUCUAGAAGUAAUUAUAAGUAUUUAUCUCCAAGGAAUUAGUAUAAUGCUAGGAAUUCUUGCCAAAAAAAAUUAACCGGUAUCAAUCCGAUAGAAUGGAAGUGUGAAACCUAAAUGGUUGCAAAAGAAGCCAUGGCGAAUAAUA